AUGACACAACCGACCCAAAAAACAUUUAACGAUUUUGACCAACAUUUCAUCUUGCAACAGGAGCAGCUAAAUAAAAACGUUGUUCAAGUUAUUCAAAGCCAACAAACAAAUGUUGGCACAAUUAGUAGCACUUCGGGACUUACGGAUUGUGUUUUCGAUGUGGCCAAAAAAGUUAUCUGGCAAAAAAUUGCCCCAACAAACAAAUAA